UUGAAAAAUGAUAGUACAUUUAAGUCGACAACAGAUUUGGAACAUUAUGUUAAAGUCUUUAAUCCAGCCUGUUAUGCACAUUUAAACAAGAUUAUCUGUUCCACAAAUGAUUGAAAACAACCCUAUAAAAAGGGCUAUGUACAAUUAGUAUUAUCAGGCUGUAACAAAAAGAACACUUCUUCUUCAGAUUCUUUUAAGUUUAAUUUCUAGCAAUCGAGCUUAAUUGCUAGAAAUGGCAAUGGGGAGAUGGCCAGGCUUCUGGCCUCAUCUCGUAUGUGCUUUGGCGUUCUGCCUUGUAGCCACCACUGUGGUAGCCAACUAUCCGGAGCACCACUUCAAUUACCCACCAUAUGGCUACUCUUCACCACCAAAGCAUGCAUGGUUCCCACCAUACCACAACUCCCCAUUCCCUCCAAAGCAUUUUUGGUAUCCCCCAUACUUCUACAUGUCACCACCUCCACCUCCACCAUCACCAUCUCCUCCUCCACCAUAUAUUUACAAGUCUCCACCUCCACCAUUGCUACCUCCUCCUUAUGUCUAUAAGUCCCCACCUCCACCAUCACCAUCGCCUCCAUCAUAUAUUUACAAGUCUCCACCUCCACCAUCAUCAUCGUCACCUCCUCCUUAUACCUAUAAGUCCCCACCACCUCCUCCUUCUUCACCACCCCCACCAUAUGUCUAUAAAUCUCCACCACCCUCUCCCUUUGUCUAUAAUUCUCCACCUCCACCAUCAUCAUCACCACCUCUUCCAUACAUUUACAAGUCUCCGCCUCCGCCAUCGUCAUCACCUCCCCCUCCUUAUGUCUAUAAAUUCCCGCCACCACCAUUACCAUCCUCACCACCUCCUUACUACUAUAAGUCACCACCACCUCCUUCACCAUCACCUCCCCCUCCAUAUUAUUACAAGUCUCCUCCACCAUCAUCACCCUCUCCACCACCUCCGUAUUACUAUAAAUCACCUCCUCCUCCCUCUGCAUCACCACCACCUCCAUAUUAUUAUGUGUCACCUCCACCACCAUCACUAUUACCUCCCCCUUUCCACCAUUACAAGCCUCCUUGUCUACCCCCAUUUCACCAUGAGCAUCCUCCAUUCCACUACAAAUCCCCAGCUCCACCAGCCAAGAGUCCUCCUUAUUAUUACAAGUCACCACUCGCCCCAAAGGGCUAUUGAUAAGCUGAUGGCUAUCUUUAACUCAGUUUUUGUUUAAGUCAAUGAAAGACAGUACGCAUUUACAUUUCAAGAAGAUCAGUUGUAUCACAGUAGACAAUGCAGGCUAAUAAGUUAAAUUCUCGCAAUGUACGAUUAUCCAUCCUGCUCCUUGUUGAAGUGAAUGCAAUCAAUUACUUUGGUAUUUGUUCUUUAAGUUCCAGUUUAGCCAUGGCAUGGCAUCGCAGUGUGGUUACUUAUCAUUUGCCUUACCAUUGUAGAUUCAUUAGAUACUCAAAACAUCUUUCCAAGGAGA